CGAUGAUGCCAUCCAAAAGCUCUUCCUUACCUCCAAAGAGCUUGGGAUUUGUAGGGCGAGCUGCCGUCUUCAAUGAGCUUGAACAGAAGCUAAAGUCUGCGACGAUUCAUACGCGUGCGGCGGUCGUCGGACUUGGUGGCGUUGGCAACUUCUAUCUAGAUUCAACACACAGGAACCAGGAAAGCCAAACCAAAUGGAAAUGUCGAACAUGCAACGCUUUUUGCAAGGGCCGCUGUCUUAUACUCCUGGGCACCUCCAUCUAGAUCGAGAGCAGCAGCUAGAAGAAGCAUUACGGCAAUUAGAAGAAGCAUUGCAGCACCGAGAUCAAGAGGUGAACCACCUCAGAACGGAACGUGACCGGCUCCUACGAUUUGGCGUUGAGCCGAGGCCAAUACAAGACGCUAUCAAAGGUGCGGACGCAACACAGCGUGGGGCUCGCCCACCUUUAAAAGAAAUGUCCAAGCCUCCUGAGCUGGCCUUUGAGUUCGAAGCAGUAGCAAAACCACGGAGCUACUUUACUAAAGGCAGAUUCUUUAUGGUCCUAUGGUUUGAACCCGAAGGGAAUGGCUCGCACGUAGGCACACGAAUCCGACGGUUUAUCGUCCUCCGGUCAUGGUCUCAUUAUUGUAUCUGUGUCCCAGUACAUACUUACGGAAAUCGAGGUACAGCCAAACCAGGAAUCACGCCAGGCGAUCAUGCCGCUUCGGUUCUAGUCGAUGGCUCCUACACCCUCCAGGACAGCGAAGAGGAAUUGACUAAGGCGCCUAUCCAUGUCGUUCGUGAAAAUUUAGCUGUUUCAAUAGACCCGGCGUCAAGGAUCAAUUUUGCGAAGGUCUACACUGUGGACUAUAAUUUGAGGGUCAAGAACAUCGGUAGAAUUCAUCCACCCGAUUUGAAACAUUUUGAGGCACGCUUCACAGAAACCUUCAACGUAUCCGUCAAUAUACCGACGGUACAGCGCUCCAUGCAAGAAACAAUUUCUCGUAUAGAGAGCUUCAUGCGCCAGCAUGGAGAAGCUUCCGAGAAACAAAUUCCCAUCAACAAAGCUUUCAUUCGAAAGCUUUCAACUCAGUAUCAAACUAAAACCGGAAGAUGUAGAAAUUCUCAGGCGCAGGCAUUCCUGGACACUAACAGUGCCGUAAAUCUUAUCACUUCAGAGUUCGUGAAAGUCCACAACAUGGCUAUCUCUGAGGAACCGAACGAAGAGCUAUGCCUCCUCGAUGGAACUCGGAUCUUCGUGGCAGGCUGUGUCAAUUUAAACUGGUCCGAAAAUACGCUCAAAACUUUAUCUACGAAAUUCUUCGUGUGUGAGGGCACAUGGCCAUUCGAUCUUGUGUUGGGGCAGCAGUGCGUUCUGAAGCACGGCCUUAUCUCCGUGAAACCUAUUCCGUUUGAUGUGCAACCUCACAGCCAGGUCGAAAUUCAACCUCAGGGUAAAGAGCGAGACUAUGAAACACUUGAUCCCAGUUAUCAUGUUAGAACAAACGCACGCCGCUUUUUCAGAAAGGGAAAGGUGUUCUCUACUCUGUUUAGCGAAGCAAUGGGUGAAUCCUCUUCCAACCAACUUUCUCUUCGGACCAACAGAAACGUCGCGGAAGUGCAAUACGGUGGUAGGGUAUUUACCCAGUUACGGCGUUUUGUGGUCGUUGCCGAACGCCCGGGAUUUUGCUAUGCCUGUCCCAUCUUUACAUACAGUGAUAAAGGCACCCUGACACGCGGCUGUAAGGUAUCGGAGCAUUGCGUUGCAUACUAUGUCGGGCUGCAGGAGCCAAUGCUCCUGCCAGGAGAGACUGGCAUAGUAAAACAACCUAUCGGAGUCGUGCCUCCACCUGGACAUAUCGAAGCAAUGAAUUCUGCGAGCCGUAUACGUUUCGGGAUGGUCAACCCCGUCCAACACAACAUCAAGGCCAAAGAUCUCGGCAGCGUAGCCAAUGCCGAUCUAGAGCUGUUAGUAACUUACUACAAUAACGAGCUCCAAGGGUAG